AUGGAUCAGUUGAACUCGGAGGAGUUUCACUCGCUUCUGGAUGCAACCAUGACCAAAUCAGUCACCCAAGCUAUAGUCACGGCUAUGGGGGCGAUGUCUGAAACCCUGACACAGUCCAUUAGUAACGCCAUACUGGCGUCUAACACCAACCCUAGCGGCCUCCGCCCCAAAGCCCAAACUGACAAGCCUGCGCCCCUCAGCGGCUGUAAGGCUACGGAGAAGACCCACCAUACGGGCAAACACACCUUCAAAAACAGCACGACGGACAGGACACGCCCUGUCACUACUGAGGACGUGGGGCCCCCACGCAAAAGCGGGCAAAAAUG